CAUUCCCACUUGUGUUGUGCCCACCCAAACCUAAAAAAUUGAUUGCCUUGAUCAUAAAUUUGGUAGAUGAACUGUGCACUCAAUCACCUUCGAACGUUAUUGCUAUUUGUCAAGCUGCUUUUGGUUUACCAAAUAAUGGCAUAUUUGGGACCGUGCACAAUUAAGAUUUUGCUCGACUAUAACCACACUGCUGAAUACUCAAUACUCAAUACUGAAUCUCUCGCAGCUUGCAGCCAAUUCGAAAUGAGUUGGAAAUGGAAGGAAGCGGACUUGGAUCGAGUUCUAGUACCUAUUGGCUUGUUUCUCAUCAUCGCCUAUCAUGCAUUUUUUAUCUACAGGUAUCGAAAAUUUCCUCUGACGACAGUGCUGGGGCGCGACAAUUAUUACAGAAAAAUCUGGACUGAAAAAUGUCUGCAGCUUAAUGCGCAAGACAGAGGAACAAGUGUAAGUGUGAUUGGUAGCAACAUCUCAGAUGCAAGCGCUCUGUCUUCGGUUUCUCUUGUCCUGAGCUCGCUGAUUGGAGCAUGGAUAGGAAGCUCCAAGGAGGAAGACAUCUUUGUGAGCAGCAUUAUUUACGGAGACACCAGCACGAGGAUUGUCUCAGUUAAGUAUGUCGCGCUGCUCUCAUUCUUUCUUGUUGCUUUUGCUGCUUUCAUGCAGACAACAAGGAACUAUGCCCUUGCCACUUUUCUUAUUACCAUUCCAAGCUGUGAUAUUCCAGUGAACUAUGUACAAAAGCCAAUUUUAAGAGCAAGUCAUUGCUAUACAGUGGGCAUGCGUUCACUUUACACUGCAGGCACUUUAAUUUUGUGGAUUUUUGGACCAAUCCCAAUGUUUGUCUCCUCGGUGAGUUUGGUGGCAGUUCUGUAUUAUUUAGACCGGAACCUGACUCCGCCACACCAAUUUCAACCAUUGAACCUUACCCCUCUCUACAAGACUGGUGAAGAACUGGCCUCAUCUGCAAACAGGGUUCCACAUCACCAAGAAUGAUCAAAUCUAGACCAAAACAACUAGAUUGUAGAAUCUGUCAUUUACCUUUAGAUUGUUAAUUUCCACACAGUUUCUAAACAAGUAAGCAUACAGAGCCAAAUGUUCUUGAAGACUUUGUUCUCACAUAGAAUCCUUGUAUGCAAAUAUCAGCAAUCCUUGUAACGGUAUGUACCUUCAUGUUUGUUAUAAAUAAAUAUUCCACUGGGUAAA